GAACAUGUUUCUGCGGCUUCCUUGUGAUCGGAGUGAAGUUCAACAUCUUCUCCCUAUUUUCUCCUUUUGAUUCAAAGAAAUGUGGAUUUCUUGAUACUUCUGAAAGCUUGAUGGUAGAGAGUGCAACAACGGGAUGGUGGUAGGGAUCGAGUGAUUCGGCAUUCAGCACAUAGACUGAUCUAAAAUCAACCGGCGUUGGAGAGUUAUUAAAGGAAUUGUGCCUGAAGUCCCCUCAAUUUCAUGGAUGGACCUUCCAAGCUUUUUGAGGGAUAUCACGUACAUUCAACGAUGCCCUUUCCUUGCUACUUGCUGUGUCUCUACCGUGUACUCGUGUUAAUAUGGAUUUUUACUGCGAUGUUUCCGGCGGGAUAUUCACAAGGGGUUGCAACACCAUGCUCGUAUCAUAUAUUAUACUUUCUUGGGCUGAACCAAAUCGAAGAGUCUGAGUAAAGAUUUUCAUAAUAUUUCUAUCUUCCCCAGGUCUUUUCCACUUUUUGAGCAGUUCGUGAUUGUUUCAACACCAUAGAGUUUUGCAUGUAAGAGUUGGUAAACCAUUCAAUGCGACCCUCACAGCUAGGCUUCCCCGCGAUAUUCCCCUCUUCUUUCCCAAGAGUCUCGAAUUGAGGAUCAUUUACGUUGUCACUGGUGUUGGAUUGAGCUGUGAUCGACCGGAGAAAGCGAGAGUGUCGAUUUAGAGCUUCUAUAUACAACAUCAUGUCCUCCAUACUAUCGUCAUCGUCAACGAUCAUCUCCUCCGCAACCAAAACCUACCCAACUACCAUCCCCACAGGUACUAUAUCAGCACUCAUCGGUCACCCACCAAAUACUACCAAUGACUAUUACAUAGUCGCCUACCUCAAUGGAGCCUUCGGCCUGGCUGGCAAUCCUAAUAAGGGAAUCACCAUCCCUCCCUUGGCACCACCAAACUACGUCUACGAAUCCCGCGCCACGUCAAUUUUAGUCGGAAUGUCCGUAUCCAUCUUCUUCAUGUUCACAUUUACGCUUGUUCGUCUUCUCAUCCGUCUCCUGAAUCGCGGUCUGAGAUUGGGCCUGGACGACCUCUUCAUUGUUCCCGGCGUCAUUCUCGCAAUUACUUGGCCAGUACUCCAGAUUUUAGCCGUCGUAUACGGAGGAGCUGGGAAACACAUCUGGGAUGUGACAUAUGAGGAAUAUGGAUACUUCAAACGCUACACCAAUUGGUCCAAGAUAUUUUUCUUCGUGGCAGUAGGAGUGGUGAAGGUUUCGAUAUGCCUUUUCAAUCGCCGACUUACAUCGAUGACAUCAAAUAAGUGGCUCUUGUUCAACAACGUCUUUCUAGUUCUCCUGGUCAUCUAUAUUCUAGUAUCACUCUUCUGGAAUAUUUUCCUGUGUAGUCCCGUUUGGGGAGGUUGGGACGCAAUCAGAUUGGGAAGAGAAAAUGUUGUUGCGAAGUGUUUUCCUGUGGGAACUAUGGGAACUAUUAUGAGUACGAUUCACGUCAUUAUGGAUUUUGGUCUGUUGGCUGUGCCGCUCAUUGUACUGUGGAAAGUUAAGAUGGGAUGGAGGACUAGAGGGAGAUUGUACAUUGUUUUUGCGGUGGGAGGCGUGAGUAUGAUUGGGAGUAUUUUGAGACAAAUCGAGCAGACAAAAUUGAGUUCGGAUGUUUUGUGGUCUUUCAAAGCUCUCGAAGAUUGGACUUUGGUCGAUCUAACACUCGGUGUUAUCGUUGCUUCGCUCCCCGUUCUCUCAGCUAUCAUUCCAGCCAAAUGGAAAUCAGUCCACACCUCUUCAUCCUAUAAAAACCCCUCACAUCUCGGUUCGCAUCCCCUCUCCAACCCCGGAAACUACAUGCGCUCGAAAUUCCCCGGCAAAAACGGAAAAGAUAUGAAGAGCGCACGAAGUCGGGGAACAAAUGGCGGAACUUUCGGAGAAAGCGAGGAGAAUAUUGUGAGAACGGAUGUUAUUGAGUUGAGUUUCCAAAGCAAAGGGGAUGUGGAGAGUAGAGAGGAGGCGAAGGAGGAAGGAAGUGGAAAUGGAGAGGGGGGGAGUGGGAGGGUCAAGAGGAGUUUCUCGAGGACUAGAAACCGCGGCGAUUCGAACGAGAGAGCUGCUGCGGAUAAGUUGGAUAAGGAGACGACUGAGUGGCAUGGGGCAAAAGGCCAGUAUGGUCAUAGGGUGGAAAUCCGUAGGGAGGAGUGACAAUCAAAAGAUUACGGGGGGUGGAUGGGAUAGGACGAUUUCACGUAUUUUCACUUCCUGUAAUCGGGGGAUAGUUAAUGAGAAGCUUCGAGAGCGAUUUUUAUGGGGAUUGGCGGCUUGUGGUUUUGAAAUGGGAUCAUUCCACUUGAUUUUUUUGGCGUUUCACAGAUGGCCGAGUCGUACAAGAUUGUGGACUCGUGGAUGAUACCAAGCUUACUUGUACUCUGGAACUUGUACAGUGGGCUAGAUGGGUUUGGUAAACGGAGGAGGAAAAUAUUUAUUUUUAUGAUGUUAAUGACUUGUAAAUAGAAGUAAGGAUAUCUUUUUGAGUAGAAAAUACUACAACAACA